CAUUCUUAUCGCGGUCCGAGUUGUGUCGUCCGAGCGGAAGCUGACUCCGCUGCAAGUGCGUUUCCCCGUUGGAUGGUGGUGAAAUAAAGCAACCGGAGAGGAGUUUGUCAGGUGGCAAGGUGAGCGUGUGGUUUUUUGUCCGGCAGCGGUGAUGGCUUUGUUUGAAUGAACACGUAGAGCACCGUGCAGAAGCAGAAAUAGUACGGUGGACGGGGAUCGUUGUGUGCGCGCGUGUGUGUGUGUUUGUGUGGGUGGUGAAAAUUUUACCACCUAGUCUACAUAGUGACCGGAGGACGCUCAAGGAUCAGUGGGUGGCUGUGGCCGAAAUUGCUCAAAAGCCUGCCGUUAUUACGCUGCCGAGGAAAAAACGAAACGGCAAGUGGAUUUCUGUAUCCCUUUCUGACAAGUGGAGGAAUGUGAGUUCGGUGGGUGAAAUAUUGCUCCUGCAAGUUGAGUGAAUCGCACAAGGCAGCAGCAGCAGCAGCGAAAGGAUUCGCCUCCACACUGCGAGCUGCGAGGUUUGUGUUUGUGUGAGUGAGUUGUGCACGGAAACAUAAUGAAGAAAACAGCUUGUUACUGCGAAUUUUGAAGGAAAACUAGCCGACCUACAAGAGGAUAGUGAAUUGCGUGUUGUCGUUGGAAACGAUUUCGGUGAAUGAUUGGUGUAUUUGUGGUCACGGCCGGUACCAAGGCUCCAGCAGGCGUUCGAAGCUAAUAAAAAACGAAUUAACGUUAUUGCUGCUCAUAACAGUAAAUAUUUACGGCUGUUUGCCUGCACAGAUGACCAGUAGGAGAAUCCGAUUUGUGUGAAAAAAAACAACCAGACUUAGAUACGGAAAGUGACUCGCUGAGGUAUUCCAUCAUAUCAAAAAGUGAGCCCACUUCCUGUUGCUUGGAAUUCAACCCGUAACGAUAAAUCGCUGUUUUGCUGGGAAAAAGCGGAAUUGUUCAGUGCAAACCAUAAAUAAAGAAAAAGCUGUGCCAACCGGCGGUGGAUGCUUUAGUGAAGAGAAAAAAAAUCGAUUCCAGAAGUUGCCUGCCCAAACGAUUUACUAGUGACCAUCGAGAAGAUGCACCACCCGAUCGGUGUUUUGUGAAAGUUUGUGAUUCGUGGUUGCGGUGGAAAUUGAAUAAAAAGGCGAUUGAAAGAAUCGGAAAAGGUUUUUAUCCAACCCAAUCGGUAAGUGAUUUUCUAUUAGGCUAGUGAAACUAAUCGAAGAUUCGAAAACGUUUUCCUAGUACGAAGAACGAAGGGGGGCCAGCGUAAACUUAGUUGAAAGUACGUGCAAAAGUGCAACCAAAAGUCCGAAACUCAAUCCUGGAAAGUGCCGUAAGAAGCUGAUUGUCGACUGGUUGAUAUAUUGCCGAGUUCAUAAUCGCCUUGAAGUUGUCAUACCCCAUUCGAAAGCGUGUUCCGUGUACUUGUACGAAAUAUAUCGUCUGACAAAAGGGGCAUAAAGUGAAUUUUAACGUUUCGUGUGCAAGAAAUUGUCAUAAAAUAUACGAAAUGUUCCCUGUCGUCGCCGUCGUCGUCGUCGUCGUAGUCCUUGCAGCCGGAAAACGUAAAGGUGAUAGCAGUUGAAGUAGAAGAUAGAAAAGUUUCAAAGUGCACAAGAAAGCAGCUUGUCGCUGUGACAAGAAGAUUUAUCGGAUCAAAUAACUUGCCGCUAAGCUUACCGGGCAACGCGAUCCGCCGGAGUUGGUUUGGCUGAGUAGAAAGCCAAACAGUUGAAGGAUUAUAUUAAGCUGUUUGCUGGGCGAAGAUAGUUACUUCUUUCGACGGUCUCCAACAAUGAUUCGCCGUUAGUGCAGUUUGGCAACACUCACCUACACCAACCGGGAAAGAUGCAACUGAAUGGCACGGUAACGAUGGCCGCCGCCACGGAGCCCCCAGAGCCUCCACCACGGAAUCCGGACAAGAUAAAUGCUUCGCUCAAACAACUGACGGAAACGAAAACUCGCUCAUUGGACACCACAGAUAAGACUACCGGUAUUCGACCCUUCCGGCCGAUCCUUUCGCUGGACAAUGCGAAGCCAUUGUCGAAACCAUUCGAGUCGACCGGAACACCAACGUCAGCCCCAGCUUCGACGCUCAUUAGUAACAAUGGAAGCAGCAGCAACAACAACAACAACAACGGCAGUAGUAGCGAAUCCAAUAUUGCCGCUGGUGGAACUUCAGGCUCAACCACCAACACGGCCAGUAGCAGUACUACCAGUCACGAAAACGGUGCUACACGAACACUUUCCAACGAUAGCGGCGGUGGCGGUGGCGGUGGUUGUAGCAAUGAACUGGCUCGCGCUGGUUCCUCCGGAAGUGGUGGCAGUCCACCAGGAGCAGAAGCAAUGGGGGGUCAAAUUAGCACUAAAUUGAGCUCCGGUCAACAGCAGCAGCAACAGCAAAUUUCACCAACGCAGAGUGACCGAAGCAGCACCGGUGAUAAUUUGGCUGGGGAUAACCUGUUCAAGAACGGCGUCACGGAUUUGGAGUCUCCCCAAACAACCAAGAUUCGUUUGGAGAACGAACGCCUAACGGCUGAAAUUACCCGACUGAAAAAGCUAUUGGAGAAUUCGCCUGAUGGAGCCGUCGGUGGAAUUGAUUUGCUGUCAGACCGGGACAGCUUCGACGCCCACUCGACCGACGAUAGCGGUGGUCGUGUGGAAAAACUCGAAAAUGAACUGCGGAUAUCGAAGGAAUUGAUUCAAAGUCUCAAGUUGGAACGCAAAAAACUUCGCUCGGACAAAAAUGAUCUUCUGGUACAGGUUAAACAACUGUGCUCCUCACUACAGGACAAGGAACAAGAGCUGAGAAACUUCAUACGCAACUUCGAGCAACGAAUACGGGAAUCGGAGACUUCCAGUGCGAAACAGAACUCCGAACGUGAGAGGGAACGGUGGUCCUUGCUGAAGCACGCCCGGGACGAAGCGGAACGUUCGAUCGCUCUCGCAGCACAACUGAACGCCCGAGAUAUUCAGUUGCAGCGAACUCAAGAACAGCUACAGGAAGCACGUCGGCAGCUGUCCGGAUGUAUGUCGGACCAGGAAAGCCUAGUAUCGGCCGCACCGCUUACUCCUCCGUCUGGUUUGAUGACUCAUACGCAGACCACCGCCGGAGGUUACUCGAAUAUCAGCGGAACUCCGGGUGAUCGUGGUUCGUGCAGUGCCGAUUCCGGUGUCAGAGCACAUCGUGCUCACUCAUUAGAACUUAUUGCAGGAAGCAGCGAUCGUGAAAGUGCAGCAGGUGAUCUGAACUUGAGCGACGGUCCCUGCGAGAACGGACCCUGCAUACAGGUGGACUCGGACAGUGUCUCGUUAGUAUCUAGUCAUCACAAUAUGUAUCAAUAUGGAACACCAAAGGAACGUAGUCCCACGCUGUCUCCACUGAAUGCCGGAGCUUAUUCGCGAUCUGUUGACAACACAGCUAUAUCAAAUUCCUUCCGCUCGGUGGAACAGCUGGGUUCCCCGGUGGAGAACGAGAACCAAACUUUUUCCAGAAGACUGCAACAGCAACAACAACAACAGCAACAGCAGGCACAAUCACAAUCAUCAAAGACUGUCGGUGCCACCGGGGGCAUAAGCCUUACCGGCCGAUCCGGUCGCGGUGGUACCUGGGGAAGUAUAUCGCGUGUGUUUGCCCGGAGCCGUAAUCGCAUCAAAAGCAACACGGUUGUCGAAACGGAAGUCACCGACUUCCAGUGGAGUCCACUGACCGAGGAAGGCUACGCGGAGAAACUGCGACUGCUGCGGGAAGCUUCCUCGAUGCCGAUGGAUCGCUGGAGGGCAUCCCAGGUGCUGGCAUGGUUGGAGGUAGCCCUCGGGAUGCCUCAAUAUAGUGCCCGGUGUGCCGAGAAUGUCAAGAGCGGUAAGGUUCUGCUAGAACUGAGUGAUGCCGAGCUGGAGAGUGGUCUCGGCACUAGUCAUCCUAUGCAUCGGAAGAAGUUGCGACUAGCGAUCGAGGAACAGCGACGACCGGAGUUGGUCCGAUAUCCUACGAUUGGACAGCUGGGACACACGUGGGUUGCAUCGGAAUGGCUUCCAGACAUUGGUCUUCCACAGUAUGGGGAAUCGUUUAUGCAUUCGCUGGUAGAUGCUAGAAUGUUGGAUACACUUUCGAAGAAAGAGCUGGAAAAGUAUUUGGGAGUAACCAGAAAGUUUCAUCAGGCCAGUAUUGUACAUGGUAUUCACGUGCUGCGGAUAAUGAAGUACGACCGACAAUCGCUUGCAAUGAGGCGUUUACAAUCCGAAAACGUCGACACAGAUCCCAUCGUGUGGACCAACCAGCGAUUCGUACGCUGGGCUCGGUCAAUUGACCUCGGAGAGUAUGCUGACAAUCUUAAAGACAGUGGAGUUCACGGUGGCUUGGUAGUUCUGGAACCAUCAUUUUCUGGCGACACCAUGGCUACAGCUCUCGGAAUUCCUCCAUCAAAAAACAUCAUCCGGCGUCAUCUAGCAACCGAAUUCGAGACUCUCAUCCUCCCGGCAAGGGCCACACUGGGCCAGGGGAUUCGAACCGGCGGACAGGUGGUACCGAUCGCCAGCGGAAUCGGAAUGAUGCCCGUACCCGGAGAUCGUCGCAAUACCGGCAGCUUGAGGUUUUCCGCAUGGAAAGGAUCACAGGGUUCCCUCACCAAAGCAUUCCGGAUAAGUUCCAGCUACAAGCCACGGGGUGGCACCGGUAAUGUCAGCAACGGUGGUGGGUCAGAUAAAAACAGCGUUUACAGUUCCACCUCUCCGACACCCUCCUUCAGCAGUAGCGAAGGCGGUAUCUAUGCAACGGUAGGGGGACUUCACCACAUGCACUAUCUACCACCACCCACAACGGCACCACCACCGGUGCCGUCCGUGUACCAGCCGGGAGGUGCCCUCAGCAGUCCACUGGCCACCGCCGCAGAACAACGGGCCAACCACCGGGUCAGUGCACCUCCGAUGGAUCAUGCCGGCUCAUCAGCUGCUUCCUCGUCCUCCUCGAUGGCCACACUGCCCAAGUACGCACAGCACCGGCGAGUGAAGAGCAUCAGCGAUAUCGAGGUGGCUUCCGCUGCCGCACCCAGCUAAAAGGCUCGACUCCCUAUUCCACCAAAUGCCAAUGAUAGCAGCCAGCCACCCUCCAAACAGGAUGAGCUGAUGCGAAUUGACGCAAUAUUUAGCAGCACCGAGGCAGCUUGACGGAGUUAGUGUCGGAGUAGCAUCUGGUAUCGUUCGAUGACGGGACUCCGGAAAGCUAGUGUAUGUGUGUAAAUGUGUGUGUGUGUCGGUAUGUGGAUUUGUUGAUGCAUUGAUGAGAGUGUGGGUGACAGCACCUGGAUAUAAUUUGACAAAAGCUGCCUAACAACAUGUUUAACAUGAUGCUGCUAUGCAACGGCAAGCAAAGGACUUUCACAGACUAUUAGAUAUUUUUAUUUCUUUUCCGAUUUUUUUUUGAAGGUGUAACGGCAAAUCAAUUUUACAGUGUACUAAUUAUUAGAUUUGUCUCAGAUGGACUUGAUACUCCAAAUCAAACUAAGCUGAUUCGAAUGAUCUUUGAUUUCAUUAUUUAGGCUGUGAAUCAAUUAAAAUUUGACAGUCGAGCAGUUGUUUUGUUGUUGUCCAAAAUAACCCUGCUCAAAAACAUGGUAAUUUUUUGACAGUUCGCUAGUCCGCGACUGAAAAAAAGUCGUGCAGAAAUAAUUCUAAUUUAAGAUCUUUAGUAAACAUUUCUUUCGGGUGAUUUCUUUUUAUACUUUCAAAGAAAAUAACCCAAUUAAAAGAAUCGAUACAUCGUCCAACGGAGUAAGUUUUUUUUUCUCGAACUUCUUCUUGCGUUCUCUGUAUUGCUAUUAUUAUAUCGACGAACGACCGCAACUAGGUUAAAGCCGGGUAUAAAUAAACGGUAUAAAAAAAUAUUAUAUCACAGAUCAGAGCAUAAAAUUGUCACGCAUUCUCACUGAAAGAAACUAUUCCAGAGAUGCCAGGUAAAAAUUUCAAAUAUCUGCAGACAGGGUCUGUAAAUCUGAAAAAAAAUCUGCAGUCAGAAGUAUGUCUUGCUGGCAGCAAUUUCUCUAUAAAGUAUGACACGCAAAACUGACUUGGCGAGCAAAAAAAAAAAUAUAGACGAAAGUCUGUGAGAAUUUAAAAAAUCUGCAAAAGUCUGCGAGAAUUUCAAAAGUCUGUAAAAGUCUGCACAACAAAAAAUGUCUGCAGCACUAUACCCCAAAUCUGCAGAUUUACAGACAAAUCUGCAGACCUGGCAUCUCUGAACUAUUCAAACAGUCUUAUUUUCUAUGUUUUACUGUCUCAUUCGUAAAUGACCGACACCAGAACAAACGAAGAGAGACGAAGCAUUUUCGUUUCUCAUCGAAAAAAUGAGAGAGUACACGUUUAGAAAAAGUUACUCAAAGUUUGAGUACUAGUUACUCAUUUUCAAAUGAUACAUGGAAACGUCAAAAAUUGAGUAGUUAUCAUCAAUGAUAUUGAGUAACUCCUACUCUAAAUUUGAGUUUAACGCAUUAACUCGUUUUUUUUGUUACUAUUCGCAAGAUCAGUCUAAAAGUUGUAAUAACCAUUUGUAGCAACAGGUUGUAUAUUUUGUUAGUGAGAUCGCGUAUUUCGAGGGUGAGUCGCUCAACACAAACGGUGUUGUGUCUGCAAAAACCGGAAUGAUAAACUCCGUGUUGUGCUUUAGAAUGAAACCGAAUAUGCUCAAAUGUCAUUUCUGAGGAAUAAGUGUAUGAUUGGUGCCUGAGCAUAACUGACAUGUAUGUUAAUUUGCGAUUGGCACACUACUCCAAGCGACCACCACUUGAUAUAGUAUUGAGUUCAAUUACUUAAUAUUUUAAUACAAUACACUCAGAAAAGGAGCAAUUUUUUUUGCACAUUUGGUGUAUGUGAAAUAAAAUUUCACUCAAAAUUUGAGUGAUAGUUACUCUAUUUUUGGUACAUGUACAAAUAAAGUAUUACUCAGUAAAUGCACGCUUAGAAAAAGUUACUCAGAGUUUGAGUACUAGUUACUCAUUUUCAAAUGAUACAUGGAAACGUCAAAAAUUGAGUAGUUAUCAUCAAUGAUAUUGAGUAACUUCUACUCUAAAUUUGAGUUUAAUGCAAGAACUCGUUUUUUUGUCACUAUUCGCAAGAUCAGUCUAAAAGUUGUAAUAACCAUUUGUAGCAACAGGUUGUAUUUUUUGUUAGUGAGAUCGCGUGUUUCGAGGGUGAGUCGCUUAAUACAAACGGUGUUGUGCCUGCAAAAACCGGAAUGAUAAACUCCGUGUUGUGCUUUAGAAUCGAAAUAAUAUGCUCAAAUGUCAUUUAUGAAGAAUAAGUGUAUGAUUGGUGCCUGAGCAUAACUGACAUGUAUGUUAAUUUGCGAUUGACACACUACUCCAAGCGACCACCACUUGAUAUAGUAUUGAGUUCAAUUACUUAAUAUUUUAAUACAAUACACUCAGAAAAGGAGCAAUUUUUUUGCAAAUUUGGUAUAUGUGAAAUGAAAUUUCACUCAAAAUUUGAGUGAUAGUUACUCUAUUUUUGCUACAUGUUCAAAUAAAGUAUUACCGACGACACGACCAGGCACUCCGAAGAAAAAUCUGAACAAAAAGUGUUCGUGAGUGAUUUACCGCCAGUUACCAUAAAUAUAGCGACCCCUCGAUAAUCAUGAAAAUAAACUUCUUGAGCAACACUGUUUAAGUUGCUAUGAACUAGUUACCAAGGAGCGCUAUUAUAAAUAAACGAAUCAUUUGAGAAAGUUGUGAAACGUUUAUAUAAAUUUAAAUUUUGUUUCAACGUUCUUUUUAGAUUUACACCGACCACAAUAGUACAAUAACUAAAUCUGGUACUAGAAGUAGUGUUGCGACAGAGAUGCGUCAUCCUAUAUCAUCCACAACUACCCAUUAGCUCUAUCUUCAGUGUAGUCAUCUAACUCAUCCAUGAUGAUGGUCUUUCUUUUUAGAAAUAACCAGUCGAGUUUCCGGAACACAUCACUUUUGCUUAACAUACUGUCAACCAACCCGGAAGUUAGUACCAGUCUUCACGAAAUGUUAAAUUCUAUCCGACACUCUUUACAUUCGACUACUUCGACAAGUUCCAGCAGCCUUACGGUAGACCGUAAUUACAAUCUGAUUUCUGUUUGAGACACAAAUAAUCAAAUUAUUUGAAGGAGACCUGUUUGCACUGUUGGCUUUCGAUGUGCACUUCAAAACCUAUAAUUUCGAUCAGAUCUAAUAUAUUGAAAAAUUAGAUUCCCGUGCUGUUCAAGUUCCUUUCAUAUUCAUCAAAGUAUACACGCACUUUGCGAAGAGCUCAAAUCACUAGAAAAUAACAAAUAUGCUUUCAAUACCUGAUAAAAAGUUUCGCAAUGACGGAUUGAAUGACUGCAAAACUUAACACCAUUUAAAAACUCAUUUACAUAGCAGAUAGUCAUUAUAGAUCUAAGUAUGGUUACGUUGAACUAUUUAACAAACAUCCAUGAAUAUUGAAUUGUCUGGAAGUCAUUUUUAAUAUGUUCGAGCACCAGCAAGCCUUAACGAAGACCUCUAUCCGAUUAAAAUAAAUAAUAAUUCCACUCGAGGCAGUUUGUUUUGUUUACAUUUCCCAAGUCACCAAUAUGCAGUAACCAAGGUUAUGGUAACUGUUAUUUAAAAUCAAUAAUCUAUCAACUUGUGUUGCCAGUUUCAAUAGUUUUUCAGGCAUUUUCGUUUUGACAUUACCAGUUACUGAGGGGUAGUUAAAUUUGCGAUACAGUUUCGAUAGACGAGUGGCAGGUCGUGUCGUCGGUAUUACUCAGUAAAUGAGUAGAUUUUACCCAAAUAUCGUUUCCAGUGGAAGAACUCAAAUUUGAGUAACUUUGGAGUUACUCUAAAUAAGAGUUGUUCCACUGUUUCUGUAGAUGAGUGAGAUCUUACUCAUUUUUGAGUAACUAUUUUUAAGCGUGUAUGAUUGCCAACGUCACUCUUUCCUCUAUGAAAAGAUGAAACCAAACUAACGUCUUCAGGGAUCAGCAUCAGCAGAAUUUCAAUUCUCAUUCUUUCAUCGAUGUAUUAAAAAUCUGAGACGCUUGGCUAUAAAAAGUGACUAAAAUGUGGUAAAUCGAAGUAUUUACAUCCCAGAAACCAAAACUACUACAAAUUCGAGCUCCAUCAGGUAAAAGUUAUUGUGAAACCUUUUUCUGUCAUUUUCAAUUCUCACAGCUUCGGUUGAAUAUCGACACUGCAUACUAUGGGAUUUUCACUGAAAACUGCAAAUGAAAGAGAAAAAAACCAAUUUUGAAACUACUGUCCCGCUUAUGUCAUUGACUGGACAUGGAUUUCGUUCUCAUAGUUUGCAAGCGAAGCUGAGAGUGACAGUAAUUUCCUGUCAUUUUCGUCUAAUUUUAGUCAAUGAAAAUGACUUUUAUUAGCUCUGCACUUGAUAUCAUUUUAUUUUCAGUGCAAAAUAAACCCGAAUAACUUUCCACCCGUCAAACUUUGACAUGGGCCGCAGUUUUAAUUAAAUUUAACUACUCGAUAGAAAAAUAACUGCUCGACUGUCAAACUUUAACCAAAAGUUGAAAUAAUUCGCGAGCUAGUUCACGGCCUUAGCCUACUUUGUUUCUCAACAUAUACCCACAUUACCAGUACGGAAUGAAUUCCGAAUCAAAUCCGAAAUGGGCAAAAAAAUUUCAUUCAGAGUUCCAUGUGGAAUUCAGUAUGAGAUCCGAAUCAAUGCGGAAUAAAGUGCAAUAACCGAUUCCAGAUAAACUUCGUCUCCUCAACUGAAUUCUCGUUUUCGUGCUGAUUUUGAGUUUAUUUCCAAAUAAAAAAAAUUAUAUUACUGAAUAUAUAAAUUUAAAUUUUCAAAUUUUUCGGAUAUACAAAACAAGUAAAAAACCAAUUGUUUUUAGAACUCCAUCAUAAACUGUUGAAAUUCACUGUUCAUUAACAAAAAGGCCUACCUUAGUCAGCAUCAUCCAUUCCUCUUGCUCCCACAUUAUCGAAAUGACGGAAUGAGCAAUGAAAUCUUACUCGACUGCAUGAUUUUUCAGUGCCCGAUCGGUUCAGUGCUACAAUUUUCGCCUGAGUUGGGUGCUCGACCAAUCCGAUUGUCAGUGACAUUAUAAAUGUCAUUGAAUAUUCGCUGUGUGUAUGAAUGUGUUAGUAUAAAAGUUAGGCUACUUACGCCAUUUCACUACACUCCAGCUAGAGGAAUGGACGAUGCUGACUAAGAUAGACCUUUUUCUUAAUUUCCAGCGAAUUUCAAUAGUUAAUGCUUCUUCUUAGAAGAACUGGUUAUUUACUAGUUCUGUAUAUCCUAAAAUUUAAAAGAUUUGAGUUUAUUAAUUAAAUUAAUUAAAAGAUUUGAAUUUUUUAAUUCAUUUACAUUUAUUUUUAUUUAAAAUUUAACUGAAAAUCAACAUGAAAACGUGCUAAAUCGGGAAAGAAUAAGAAGAGAAUGGAUUGACAAUUUAGUCCGCAUCUUCUCACUCAAUUCCGACAGAUUUUCGAAUCAACCGGUUGGAGGCGAAAUUCAUUCGGAAUCGGUUGUUGCACUGGAGUUGGAAUUUAUUCGGAAUUCAUUAUGAUUUCCACAUGAAACUCCGAAUGAAAAUUUCUCGCUGAUUCGGAAUUCAUUCAGAUCUGAUAAUGUGGGCUGGAGUGUAAUGAAAUGGCGUAAGUCGCCUAACUUUCCCACGACAAAAGGGCCUAACUGCAAAUGACAGUUUCUCUUUGUUUACUUCUUCUUUCACGAUUUACCCAACUGAUUUUAUAUUUGACGCUUUACUCUUCGCAAAACCUUCAAGGUAAAACUACAAGCUUUCGAUUUAUAUUGAAAACUUUAGAGAAUUUGCGAUAAUGGCUCCGUAAUAAUCAAAAGAGAAAGUAAACAAAGAGUGGCUCUCAUUUGCAGUUAGACCCUUUUGUCGUGGGACUAUCGAAUUAUAAAAUGAGUGAAAUAUCAAUGACAUUUAUAUUGUCACUGUCAAUCGGGUAGAUCGAUAACCCAACUCAGGUGAAAAUUCGAGCACUGAGAAAUCGAGCAGUCGAGUAAGAAUUCAUUGCUCAUUCCGUGGAUGUGGACCAUCUCUGGUUGUGUGGUCACUAGCUUUUAGCAAAGCAUUUGUUUUGCAUGGAUGUAAAGACCGAUUCGAGUCAAGAUUAUUGACUUUUUUUAAUUUCAAUUGUAAUUUGGUAUGCAUUUUCUUCAAAUCAUUGUAGCUCAAAAACUAAUAAUUUUAUCUAAUUUGUAUUGUGUAAAAAGAAGUCAAGCAAAUCAAGCGGAUGCUCUAAAAUAAUACACACUGAAAUAAAAAGUUCAAUGAUUUUUUGAUGAUUGAAAAGUUAAUCGAACAAAUUAAAACGCACCUCUUUUUUGCCAUAGUUUCAAUUCUACAAUUUUAAUUAUUACAAACAUUCGACUUUUUAGCUUUUUAAACUAGAAGAAAAACUUCAAAUUCUUUAUGUAAAAUAGUUAUUCGAAUACCACAAUUAUAUUUUACAGCUCGAAGGCAAUCAAUUUACUCACAACGACAAUUCUCGAAGAAGUAACCGUACAAGAAUAGUUUUUGCUGAAAAAAAAUUCGAUUACCAUUGUAAUUUUAUGUCUAAAUAUUUCUAGAAUGUUUACUUUAAAGGGCAAAUUAUGAGCAAAUUUGUCACCCUCGAACGGUACAAUAAUAUAUUAUUAUUUAAAUGAUUUGAAGGCUUUUAAAUGUCUAUAAAAGGUGUUUUCUCAAAUUUUAGAACAUUGAAGUCUUGGCAUUACAUUCCUUUGGUGGAAUUUGGCCUUUCUGUUUCAACAGACUUCGCAGCCGAUUCUUAGUGUACAGAAUCAUUGCAUGGCUAGUACUAUGGAUCCUACUGACACUAAGAAUCCUUCCAGGUCGGGGCUCGAACAUACAACAACUGGCUUGUAAGACCAGCGUCCUAUGCAUUGAACCGCCAACCCGGGACUAAUCAGUUCUAGUAUCAGGUUUAAAAUAAAAAUAUAUUGCAAAAUUAGAGAUAUAGUUUCAUCAAUUGUUUUUUUCUGUUUAUUUUAUAAUUCUUGAAAAUUCGUUGCCCUUUUUCCUGGUAUGUAUUUUUAUAAAGUGUGAUUUCAUACACUGAGACAAACGCAAGACUUGCACUUAUGAACCAAGUAAAAAUCAAUUCCAUCAAGAGGUAAAGACUUUCAUAAAUGGUCUCGUAAUACUCUCAAUUGUUUUCUUCUAUACAUAGUAUAAUAAUUCGCUUCAUCAAUAGUCCGUAAUCUGGAAAUGUUAUAAUUUGGUCAUCACUCCUGCGAAAAAAUUAUUUGCACAGUCCAUUUCCCGCAAUACACGCAACAAAUAAGCCCAGUAUAUGAAAACUAGUGAUGCCAUGUAUGCAGAUUUAAUUUACAGAAUUCUGAUUAACGCUGCAGAUAUUUAAGGAUUAUACUUAUUAUCAAAUAUAAAUGGAAAUUAUAGAAAUUUACGUCUUUAGCCUUUUUUUUGACUUGCUAAAAGUGAUAUUUUUUCCACUGUCACUGCAACAGUUUGGUUGCACAGACUUUUUAAUACCUGUUUAAAAAUUUAACCUGAAAUCCCUGAAGUGAACGGUUUAUGGCAUCUGUACACGGAACCGCAAAACAACUUAAUUUGAAGUACAUUCUACCCAAUUUGGGAGUUCCGUUCGAUAACCUAAUUUUAGGUAAAGUGGCUCUAGGUAGUUUCCGCAAGGCACCUGCAAAAAAUACUUGAAGAUGAGUUAUAUCUACUCAAUGGUAAGUUAUGUUUACUGUACAGUUGAGUCGUAUUGACUUAAUUUCAGGUUGAUACGGUUUACUUAAUUUUAGGUUAUUGAACGAAACUCUUUCUGUUGGGUGGUUUUGCUCUUUGUAUUUUGACAACAAUGGAAGGAGCGAAUGAAAGAAAAGAUUCAAAAGAACUCAAAAUUAAGUAAAAAGAAGUCAAAUAAUAGGUAGUUUUUAUUUUCCGUGUACUAAUAUUAGCGUGUGAGCGAAAAGUUCCUGUUAAAAAAGACGACUACGCUCAAGAAAAGAUCACUGUGAGCAACCUUUUAAUCAGUAAAAUCAUAUGUAAUCAAAUGUAAUAACGUUUUCUGAGUUACAACGAUUUUAAGACGAAACAUGCCAAAAAAUGCAUUCGCUUUCAAUCUUGAACAGAGCUUAACAUAUGUCACGUAUUUUCAAUAAAAAUAAUUCAAUCCAACAGCCUCAUCUUCUUGAGUCAAUGGAAAUUACUUUUACUAGUUCUGGUCUUGAGUUGAUUCGGCCUCUCUAUGCGUUCAAAAAAAAAUGAUUUGCCAUACGGGAGAUGUGUGCAAAGUUGCAUUCAAAUCGGAGCAAAUCAAUCAUGAUUUUGCCACCUUCCUACAGUUAAUUUCUGGAAUUGCUCAGCUUGAACCUGAAACCUCAAAAAAAUUAUUUAUUUUUAAUCAACGGUUUGUCUGAUUGUCUGUGGAUGGUUCGUGCAAAUCGACACAAAAGUUCAUUGGGAUUUAAAGUGAUUGUAAACUCUGCCGUAUGAAUGAAUGAAAGCAAAAACAAAACUAGUGGUAAAACUAUAGAGAGGAUUCCGGAGUGGUAUUAAAUGAAUUUUUUGUUGUAACAGACCAAAUAGUUAGGAUGGUGAUAUCAAUGGAGUUACCCCGCGUCUGACAGGUUAAAUUACAUACCAAUAGAUGUGUGAAGAAUACAAAUGUCAUGCGUGUUGAUUGAUUGUACUAGUCAUACUGAAUAUUCUAUCUUCCAGCAUAAUUUAAUUGAUAUAACUAAUAAAUCAAUACCGAAUACGGCACCAAAGAAAACAGCUCACAUUCCAUUUAAAAACCAGUUAUUAUUUAUAUGCAUUAAACAUUUAAUCAUGAGAAACAUCUAAAGUCAACCUUUCUCGGUUGAGACUUCACAAACAAUAUCGCCACCAACCAUCAACAAUCAAAACAAAAUCAACAUAUCACAUGCUCGACUUUUUGCAUUUUAUUUUUGUUUCGCCUGCUUAUUAUUGAUUUGACGACUUCUGCCCGCCAACAUUUCCAUAACUUAUUCAACAUGGUAAUCAAGCAAUCGAUGUUUAUUCAACAGCAGCACUGCUUAGUCUCGACGGCUAUGCCGGUCGAAUGAAACCAAACAAAAACCUACUAUGACGAGUAUUAUUAUCUGGAAACAGUCGAUCAAAAUAUGAGCGCCUAUUUACGAACUAAAAAUGAUAAAUAAACUGGAUCGUAUAUUCUUGUAAGCUGUAGUGUAUUUAACCAAUGUUAGAGGAAACCGAUCGUCACACGACAAGGUGGUAGAUUGAUAUUUUACUACAAAUAUUGUCAAAUAGGCUCAAUUAAAUUAGCAGAGUAUAAAAUCAUCUAAAGGGUGAAAAGUUUGGCUUUUACUCAUAAAUCAAUACUGAAAAGAAAAUAUUGGUAUUUAACGAUAUCGCUUCACUGAAAACUGAAAAAAUUACAUAUUGAAGAAAUUGAUUUUAUCUUAUAUUAGUAUAACCUAUCGGAAUUGUAGUUUUACCAAAUAUGUAAAAAUAUAAUGAUCAAGAAAUGAACCAACUGAUUAUAAAUAACUAUAAUAAAAUCUUUGUAUUUAUUCAAAA